AUGGAGUUUCGUAUGAACGUGAGCAGGGUGAUUGGUAGGACCUGCUACCAAGGCCGGCGAUUUCCUCUAUCCCUACCGGUGUUGUUUCUGCUGCUUUUCGAAGAGAACCACCCACUCUCGGGACACAACCACCAUGCACUGGCCGACACCCAGCAUUUGGCCCUGAUGGCAAAGCUGUUCGUCGACCUUUGCAAACCUCUUGAGGAGCGGGUCCUCUGGCAGGGAUCAGAACUCAAGAAGCUGGGCUCAAUGAAGAGGCAGCGAUCAUUAAUUCUGGGGGAGUCCAGAUGA